AUGGAGCCGGUGACGAAGAGCAGUCUUGCCGGGCAGUCCAAAGAAGGCGCCACAUUCAUCAGCCAUAUCGAGGAUACAACAGGUGAUGCCAAACAGAUCCCAGAAGUGGUCAACGUUCAAGGCAAUCCCGAUUUUAUCCAAGCAACUACGAAUGGCGCACCUCUCAACCUGCUGUCAAAAGAGUCUUUGCAACUCUAUCUCAUCCUCCUCACAGCCUGCCUCAACGCCACAGCAUCUGGGUUCGAUGGCUCCAUCUUUGGUUCAAUCAACGCCAUGAAUCAGUAUCAAGCAUACUUCCGCAAAGAGGAGACUGGCUCCAGUACUGGCAUCAUCUUCGCCAUCUACACAAUUGGCAGCAUGGUGGGCGCCGUGUUCACCGGCUUUGUCUGCGACGUCUUCGGUCGAAGAGCUGGCAUGGGUAUUGGAGCGGUCAUCAUCAUGAUCGGUGCUGUGCUUAUUCGUGGUAGAUUCGUGCUCGGACUGGGCAUAUCACUGGGGACAUCUGCUGCUCCGACAUAUGCCAUUGAGCUGGCACCUCUUCAAUGGCGAGGAAGGAUUACGGGCUACUACAACACUUUCUUCUAUUCUGGCUCAAUACUGGCGACUGGUGUCACUUACGCUACAACAAAGGAUACCUCGCAGCUAAGCUGGAGACUACCAUUGGGUCUGCAGUGUGUUCCACCCGUCUUCAUCUUGCUGGGCUCGUUCUCGAUACCAGAAAGUCCAAGGUGGCUCUGCAGUCGUGGUAAACACGAAGAGGCAGCCCGUAUCCUCGCAAAGUAUCAUGGCGCUGGAGAUAUGCGGCAUCCAAUGGUGCAGCUUGAGCUUAGGGAGUUUGAAGAAUCCAUUGCAGUACAAAAGAUGCGGAGCUGGUGGGACUGGAGAGAUCUGGUCAAGACGCACAAUGCCUGCUGGAGAAUAGCAAUGGUCGCGCUGAUGAGUUACGGCUCGCAGCUGUCAGGCAACUCGGUGCUGACGUACUACCUACCGACCAUGUACACGCAGCUUGGUGUGGCGUCGACCGAUCGACGACUGUUGCUGACGUUCGCUAACAGCAUUGUGAGCUGUACUGGAGCCGUCUUUGGAUCAGCAACCAACGACAAAAUUGGUAGACGCACCAAGCUCUGGGUCGGGUCAUUCGUUCUCGCCAUCCUCUUUGCCGCAGUCACGGGCUUCUCAUCGUACUUUGAGCAUUCCAGAGCACCCACCAGCCACGCAAAAUCUCUUUCAAAUGCGGGCAUAGCCUUCAUCUUCUUGUUCGGUUGCGCCUACAGCUUCGUGUACACGCCAUUAACCCCUACAUAUUGUGCUGAGACGCUGGACAACCAUACUCGCGCGACCGGGAUGGGAAUUCAUGUCAUUAUGAACAACACGGCCAACUUCUACAAUACGUAUAUCACGGCUGUUGCGUUCAAGGCUAUAGCUUGGAAGUAUUAUCUUGUGUUUGUGUGCCUCAAUGUGGUCUAUGGGUUUGCUUGGUACUUCUGCGGUAUGGAAACGAAAGGGCGGACCAUGGAGCAAUUGCAAGAAGUCUUCGAUGCACCGUGGCCACCCAAAGCAUCGUUGCAGAAGACAAGAUCGAGAGGACUGCAGUGUGAGUAG